AUGGUAAGGGGAGGAGAUUCAGAGAAGCUUCCCAGUUGUUUGAAUAUAGUAUUAUGGCGAGCUUUGGGAGGGAGCAACGUGAAGUUCUGGACAAAGGCGGCGGAAAGGGAGGAGCUAGCUAUACUAGAGUCCGACCUCGCCAGCAUCACACCAAGGACGCAGGAUUCUGUCGAGCAACUGGCCAAAGCAGAAUGCCUCGAGCUCAGCACCCACAUCAUGACCAAGCUGCCACGUGAAGUGCGCGACAUGAUCUACCUGCAUCUCAGCACCCGACAUGGCGAAAUCAUAGAGCGCGAGCACUUCCGGACCACAUUAGACCCAUUGACGCGACUCUACUCGUACAACUUUGAGCGAUGGAAGCAGCAGCAUUUCCCGGAGCAUUUCUGGAAUCCAGAAUACGUUUCGCAGCCCUUGUAUAACGAGCUGGUCGAAAACUACUACCGUACAUCCAGCUUUAUCUUCGGCGACGAUCCCGGCGUAAUGAAGCGGUUCCUCACCUCGGACGAAAUGCGCCUCGGCAUCCUACCCAAAGCACUGGUCGCGAAUGUGGAAAUCGGGCUGAACGCUGUAUCACAUGACCGGGGUUCAUUCCGGGCAUACAUGUUUGGAGUGCCCAAGAGUCCUGAGCGCAUGCGCGAAUCCCUGGAUGGUCUUUUUGAACUCAAAGCCGGAGCAAGGGUGGUGAUUCGGUUCAUCACGGAGGCGAAGACAGACGAGGAGAGAGAGGGCCAUUGCAGAGGCGCAAUGGGCGUGCUUUUUGACGAGACGCAGAGAGCGAGGAUGAAGGAGUACAAGGUCAAGUUUGUGGUGGAUGAGGGGAGGGCUUGGGAUCUGGGAGAGGCGAUGAGGGAGGAGUGGAUGGCUACUAUGGGGCAAUAA